AUGGUGGAGGAGCGGAAAGGACCUUCGAGGAAGAAACAUAAGAACAGUAGGCUCGGCUGCGCCACAUGUAAGCGUCGCCGAGUCAAGUGUGCUGAGAACUUGCCGGCGUGCACGAAUUGUCUUAAGCACGGGGUACGCUGUGAGUACUUGGACUAUAAUGAGGAGCAGCUUGAGGAUUUCCACAAGGCCAAGUUGGCUCGGUUGAAGGAUCGUGAUAAGCUUGGGGAGAAGAAAAAGGGUGAAAGACAUAGUGGCGGGCUGGAAUCGCUACGGCGGAAGAAGGCGCCUCCAGUUGAAGUGAAGAAGGAGAAGGAGAAGGAACUAGGGUCGUCUUCAUCGAGGGAGGCGCUGGUCGAGGCAGAAGAAACAGAUAGGGCUGGUCUUGCUAGUCUUCGUAUUGACGACGGGGACCAACUGAGUCGGCGGAAACCUCUUCCUCUGACGUUCCAUGAUGACCUGCUAAUGGCAUUGGACUCUGAUAUGAUGCCUUUGGAACUGCAAACCUUCUUGCACCAACACCUAUCGGAUAAUGUAUUUUUUGAAGUUUCACAGGACGGCCCUAAUGCAAGCUCCCUUCCUGGCGGAGUUCUGGAUGUGCUUAAUUUUCAACAUAACGCCAUCACCCAGAAUUUCGAUAAUUUAUUAUCCACUGGCGACGCUACUCAGAUUAUCUACCCGGUUUAUUCGAUUCACAAUAGCAGCUCUGUCACUCCUGGCAAUUUUGAAUGGGAUAGUGAAUAUGCUGGUUCCGGUGCUGAUCACGUAUCGUACUUACAGGCUCAACGGUCUCAAGGCCCCACGGGGCCUUUUGCAGCUGCAAGAGACGUGUUCCGUUCACCUGAAGUAGUUCGUCGGUCUAUAUCCCAAAUAUCUUCAGACGCUAAGCCGACUCCGGUAUCGGCCCCUCCACCAGGACCAGCGCUCCCAGGCGCUAGAAUCGUUCCAAGUCGCUUCAAAAUCCCUGCCAGACAAACCACCAACUACGAACAGCUUCUCUACCAAACAACUGGUGCUUUGGCUCCACGUAUAUCUAAAGGCAUUGCCACAUUGCCUGAGAUCAGAAGCUUGUACCAUGUGUGGAUCGGCUACUUUAUUUAUAAAGCGUUCAAGUCGAGCGUUAUGUUUCUGUGUUUAAUCAACCUCACAACGAACUAUUUAAUUACGAACGUCUUUUCAGCGGAACUGGACACUCGCUUUGACGCCCUUGUUCUGCUCACGAAAACAAGAAAUAUGCUUUUAGUGCAUCUGAUUCAGCAUUAUGCCACGGUGAUCAAGGGUUUACGUUCAUUGCUUAAUCAUCAUGGUGAUCCUGAAAUGGCUGCUUCUGUGUCUUACAUCUUGUCGUUAAUGUCUAUCUACGAUCCGGGAGCAACAGCUCAUUCAACUACAUGUUUCCGUGAUGGUAUGUUCCUGGUGCUCAGCUAUACGUUGCAUCAGGCUUCCAGACAAGGUGUGGAACCUCCUCGUCUCAUUCCUAUUCAUCUUCAGCUCAUGACGAACGUUGCCAGAACAGUGUAUUUGCCAGGAUAUGGCACACUGUUCUUGUAUGAGUUUGAAAGUAUGUUUGCACGCUUUGGAGCUGUCCUCGAGCGUGCCGAAAGAGCGCUGGAUGGUAAGCAAGAGAACUUGAUAUUCUUGAGAAGAAAGUAUAAUGAUUUGCUGCUGUUUUCAAAGGAUUCCAUUCGGCACCAUCUUCCAGCGUUGGACUCUCAUAUGGACGAUAUAGAGUACCAAGAAGACGUGCUCUUUACUAUGUUCAACCGCUGGUCAAAGCUUCAGCCACCCAGGUUCCUAGCCGCCAAUAGCUGUGCUGAGGGACUUGAAAAAGUGCUCAAUUUGUUCUACCGGGUAUUCCGGAAAGCGAUCUUUGCCGUCGUUCCGCAAGUCCGGUUCUUGUUUCUCAGAGACUUUGACUCCCCCUUAAUGUUGGAUGUAUUUGCAAACUACAAUACGACUACGAUUUUGGAGGAGCUUAAAGAUCCAAGUACCGCGUCGGUGCCUCCCAAAGUAUAUCGUGAGCUCGUUCCGGAGCUCCAGUAUUUGGCAUCAUACUGUGUUCGUUUGAUCACCUUCCUUACGUUAAGGACAGCUAUCUUGUAUCGAAACUUGGUUUAUGAAGAGAAGGUACGACAAUUGAUUCCAAUUUAUAAUGUGGUGGAAUGGCGUAAGUCCAUCACCAACAUCGAAGUGACACGACAAGACUUCCACGAACUCAUUGGACUUCUGGAGUAUCCAAUUUCUUCUUUCAAAGACACUUACAUCACACGGUCACACUAUCCACAGAUUGUGGACCCGCUGAGUCCUGGUGCCAAAUUGGCUACACCAAGACCCCCAGAAAACGAUGGUGCCGAUGGAGAAGUUGACAUGCUGUCUCUCCAACCAAAUGGGCUUCUCAAGCACGACAUGUUCCCGGAACUUUGA